AUCACUAAGCAAAUUACAAAUAAAACCUCGUGUGUAUAAAACUAUAUUGUCGUAGUUCCGUACUGUCGUGUACUUGUGUUAAUUAUUUCAUAUAUUUAUUUCGCAUUUUCUUGCGACGUCGAGUGUCGACGGGGGAUUGUUAAUUUAUUUUUGUAUUGGUGUACUGGCUGUACUUUCGUAACUGAAACAUGGGAAGAAAAGCGAAAUUUGGUGAUGACGGUGCUGUAAAACAAAUCAAAGGACCUGGACGGAAAGCAAAAAAACAAAAACCACCUAAAAUGCUGCCAGGACUUCCAAAACUCGAAGGAGAAGAUGAGCCAAAGAAGUUAAGUCAUCGACAAAAACAGCGGGCUUCUAGAAGAACUAAGAAAAAAGAAGAACGAAAAUUAAUUAAAAAAGAAAAAAAGAAAGGUGUUAAAAAAGAUGAUAAUGUUAAAAAUAAUAAUGAAGAAUCUGAUGCUACUAAGAAUAUAAAAAGUGAAAUUGUUAAACAAUUUUCUGAUAGUAAUAGUAGUUGGUUGAAAUCAAAAAACUCAAAAUCCAUUAUUCCGGAGAAAGAUGAUGAUAUAGAAAGUUAUGAUAGUGAUUCAGAUGUAGAUGAUGAAAAUGAAGAGGAAAAUGGUUUAGAAAGUUUUGAUGAAGAUGGCCUAUCAGAUGAUGAUGACUAUUUGGCAGGUACAUUGGAUGAUGUUGAUAGUUCAAAUGAAUCUGGAAUUGAAGAAGAUACUGUUCUUAAAAAGAAAAAAACUUCCACAAAAAAAAGAAAAGCAGAAGAAAGUGAUGAUGAAUUAUUACCAAUUGAAAAAGCAGCUAAGAAAUUAAAAGCUGCAAAAAAAAAAGAAGAUGCUGAAGCCAAUGAGGAAAUGAAAAUGCAAAUUAAUGUUGCAAGUCAAGAUGUUUUUGUUUUUCCUGCCAGUGAUAAAAUUGACGAACAUAUUCCUAUACCUGAAGUAGAACAAAGAAUUAAAGAUAUUCUAUUAGUAUUAUCUAAUUUCAAUAAAUUUCGUGAAGAAAAUCGAAGCCGACAAGAAUACACUGAACUGUUACUGAAAGAUUUGUGUACCUACUUUAGUUAUAAUACAUUUCUAAUGGAAAAAAUGAUGCAUUUAUUUCCACUUGAAGAUUUAAUGUCAUUUUUGGAAGCAAGUGAAACACCAAGACCAGUAACAAUUCGAACAAAUAGUUUGAAAACCAGGAGACGUGAUCUUGCUCAGGCAUUGAUCAACCGAGGAGUUAAUUUGGAUCCAAUCGGUAAUUGGUCUAAAGUGGGGCUUGUUGUAUACAAUUCUACUGUACCAAUAGGAGCAACUCCUGAAUAUUUGGCUGGACAUUAUAUGCUUCAGGCAGCUUCCAGUAUGUUACCUGUUAUGGCAUUAGCUCCUCAAGAAAAUGAACAUAUUUUGGAUAUGUGUUCUGCACCUGGUGGUAAAGCCUCUCAUAUUGCUGCAAUAAUGAAAAAUACAGGAGUUUUAAUUGCUAAUGAUGUAAAUAAGAAUCGUGCAAAGGCAGUUAUUGGUAAUUUUCAUAGAAUGGGAAUUGCCAAUUCUGUUAUUUCAACGUAUGAUGGUAGACAUAUACCUCAAUUAUUCAAAAAUUUUGAUAGAGUAUUAUUAGAUGCUCCAUGUACUGGAACUGGUGUCAUAAGUAAAGAUUCUGGAGUUAAAAUGAGUAAAGAUGAAACUGAUUUGCAAAGAUGUUUUACAUUACAGCGAGAAUUAUUGCUAGCUGCUAUAGAUUCUUUGAAUUUUAAAAGCUCUACAGGCGGUUAUUUAGUUUAUUCAACUUGUUCUGUACUUGCAGAAGAAAAUGAAUGUGUGAUAGAUUAUGCUUUAAAAAAAAGAGAUGUAAAAUUAGUUGAUACAGGUUUAACUUUUGGUACUGAAGGUUUUACAAAUCUUCGGCAACACAGGUUUCACCCUACGAUGAAACUUACUAAGCGUUUUUAUCCACAUACUCAUAACAUGGAUGGAUUCUUUGUUGCUAAACUAAAAAAAUUUUCAAAUAUUAUUCCCAAAAACGAUGAAUCAGAAGAUAACGAAGAAGAAAUUGACACAAAUAAUGUUGAUGCAGAAACUACAGAGGUUGAAGAUAUUGUUGAAAAACCAGUAGCAAAUAUAAAAAAACCAAAACACGGGCGUGGUAAAAAUAGAGCUGUAAAAAACAAAUAAUUUUCACUGUUUGACUUUGACUAUGACUUCAGAGUAAAUAAACGUUUUAAAUUAAGUUAAAAGAA